UCCCAACGGUCCCUGAAGGCAACAUCCCAACAGUCAGGGAGUAUCCGGUGUUACAGCUGAGUGUGUGUCUGUGUGUGUCCUUGUCUCUUCGGUGUGACUGAACUGUCCGGGAUGAACGCACUGCUGCGGCGCUUCGCCCCACGGAGCGUCGUUAUGUGGAAAGGUUUCCAUGUGGGAGCACCGUCGGCUGCGUUCGACCUGAGGAAAGUUGAACUGACGCCUCUGGAGCAGCGUAAACUCACCUUCGACUCCCACGCCAUGGUGACGGAGCUGGAGAACAGCGGUUUUGAGAAACGGCAGGCGGAGCUGAUCGUCUCCGCUCUGGUCACUCUGGCCACGGCCAACAUGGACAUCGUUUAUAAAGACAUGGUGACCAAAUCCCACCAGGAGAUCGCGGUGCAGCAGAUCAUGGCUCACCUGGACUCAGUCAGGAAGGACAUGGUGAUUCUGGAGAAGAGCGAGUUUGCCAACCUGCGGUCUGAAAACACGAAAAUGAAGCGAGAGUUGGAGCAGCUGCAGAACAGACUGAAGGAGGAGACUGAGAAAGUCCGAGCAGAAACCAAACUGGACAUCAACCUGGAGAGAAGCAGGAUCUCUGACAUGUUUACUGAACAGGAGAAGAAGCUGAUGGAGGCCACGUCAGAGUUCUAUCACAAGAAAGCUGACCUUGAAAAUGACAACAUAGAGGCCAACAAGAAGAUCGACCUGCAGGUGGCGUCGCUCAAAACGGUGCUGGAGUCGCUCAAACUGGAGACGAUUCGCUACCUGGCAGCGACCGUCUUCUCCUGCCUCGCCAUCGCUCUGGGAGUCUACCGGCUGUGGAGGUGAAGGAACCACGUCAGAACUACGCUACAAAAGCAAAAUUAAACUCUGAUUUCACAGUAAAAGUACAAGAAUGACUAUAAGAAUCAAAGCACAGACUUUCUGUCAUCAUGAUCUACUUAAAUUAUGAAAAGUAAAAGGGCUCUUUAUGUAGAAAAAUUGAAGUAAAAACAGAAGCACUUCCCCAAAAUACACGUUUACUCAAGUACUUUAUGUAAGUACACCUAAUGCUUUUAAAUUUUAAUGUGGAAGUAGUAAUAUUUGCUAAAAGCAUCAGUACAACAAUGUAAAAAUACUCUAUUUAAACAGUGUCAUAUCUUUAAUGUAUCAGCAAAUCAUUAUUUACUUGAUAGUACUUGCUUUUUUCAGUACAUGCGCAUAUUAAAUGUGUGAAAAUAUUUGAAUUUUAGUGCAGUGGCCCUUUAAGAACAAAGUUUUUUGGUUUGAUUUUUUUAAAAUAAUUGUACUUUGUAAAGUUUUUAAAGUUGUUUUUAAUAAAGUUUUUUUUCAAACUGA